AUGGAACAUGGAGAGUCGGCGACGCGGCUCCUCACGAGCGAGGGCAUGCGAAAAGGCCUUGAUGCUCUGAACGAAGAGAUUGGAAAGAGUGAAUUGCUUAUGAGCGUGGCCCCCAUUCGGCUCAUUUCCGUUGGCGGCUCCCUGGCGGUCCUGCUUUGCGGCAACCGAAAUUCGUCUACGGAUAUUGACUGCAUACUUGACCCUCAAGUGGCCGAAAAUGAAGAAUAUGCGGCAGAAUGGACCAAAGUUGUUGCCGACACUGCCGUUGCAGUCAACUUCUACCAGGGCUGGCUUAACCAGCAGCUGGCCAUAUUCAUCCGCCGGGACAAGCGCCGAACGCUCUUCCUAGAAUCCAUCCAGCAAGGCAUUACAAUUUACGAAGGGGAUCACCUGAUCAUAUACGCAGGACUUCUUAACUGGGCACUGGAGCGCAAGAUUCGGCGAGUCGCCCAUGCAACAGACCGUCAAAGGGAGAAGAAUGUCGACACGCCAGAUGCAGCCGCCAUCAUCAAGCUGAUGGCAAGCCGAGAUGAGUACGCUACGCCGCUGACGUUUGAGUUCCUGCGGGGGUUGAAUUACAAUGGCUUUGACGUUGCGCCCACGGAUGGUGCUAUCCGGGAGGUCGCGAAAUUCUAUGAAGAAACGUACGGAAAUGUUGGCAUAACGGAGAAGUAA